AUGACUAAAAAAGCCUGCAAAGCCACUGAAAAGCCUGCAGUUCUGAGAGAGAUCAAUGGCAAACGUACCCUUCAGAAUUCAAUGAAGAAGAGCUUCGCGAAACCGGUCAUUUCUACCGCAAAAGUACUCACGAUCGAAAACAUGACGCAACCUAAGAAACGAGUGCCGACGCCUGCGAGCAUCGAUGACAUUUGCACACGUGAAGUCGACAAUCUUAUCACUACAAUCCAGUUCCUCGAAAAUCUUUGCCACAAGCACGGUCUUUCAACGAAGCUAGAAGCUCUGCAGCAUCAAAACUUUUUGAAGAAAUUGUGA